AUGAGCGACACAGCCUUCGAGAAAGAGUGGCUGGUUACCCUUCGUCAAACUAAGCCCUCGGAGAUGCAGCCAGACUCAGUGAAAGCCCCUGGGACCCCCCACAAGAGUGAUUUACGAGAGACAAAAGAGCUGCGAUACGGAUAUGCCACGAAGAUCGUGGAGAAAAUCGGCAGGAAUGCUGAGAACUUUCGACUGACGACGUUUGAAACUUCGACUCUACUGAUCGUUCCCAUGUCAUGCCUCGAAGUUGGAGGGCUUCUUGACUCUACUACAAAACAUAGAGCCGAGCUCCUGUGGACUCUCAGAGAUAUCGCCAACCUGGUUGGACACUACGUACAUGGAUCAAAUCAAGACAGAAGAGACAACAGGACAUCGUCUUCAGACAGACCGGCCGAGACGGUCCAUCGACCAUCCCCAUUGGGCUCAUCAAAUCAGCAACAGGUAGCCGAUUCAGCGCCUGAAACCAGCCAUGAAGACUCUUGCAUCUUUAUGCCUACAGCGGUAGGCAAGGUAGCACAUAUCCUACCUUGUUCUUGGAGUGACAGCACGGCCAGCGCUGGAAAGACCAUGGUGUCUUUGGUAGGCAGCAGACCGUUCUUGAGCGAGGAGACAAUCGAUAGACUCUGCACAAUUCUUUGCAAUAGUCUUGAUGGUUCCGAUAGGUGUUGGAAUAAGAUCCGUAUGAACGAUCAGCUGUGUUACGAGUGGCCACACGCCCUUUUUGGCUUGAAAUGCUUAGGCAUCAAGCCACUCGACGCCCAGAAUGCGGAAGUCGAGAUCCAGUUCAACUGGCUAAAACGCCGACUAGGAAAACCUACAGAUAAAAUAUUAAUUCUGGGUUCUAACAGUAUGCAGGAGAUAGUGGAAGAGCAGAUCCGGUUUGAGGACAACAAUAACCCUGGUCCAAACGCACAUAUCCCAAUCACGUCUGGACAUGUUGUCACUCUUGCCAUGUCCUCCGACGACGCUGAGAAUUGCAAAUCGGCGAUUGACCUUCAGUGGCAUCUCGUUCAAAUCGCAGCCAUGAGUGGUGGGGCGGAAUAUCCUGAUCUACUUCCUGUGCUCAAGUAUUUUGGAGCCUAA